AUGACAUGGCAACAUCAUGCUGAUGAUGUCGCCCAGUAUUAUGAGGUGACAAAGUUCAAUAGAAAAUGUGUUAAAAUUUUGGCUAGCCCACCCAAGCUCCUGCCCACCCCCGACAUCCUUCAUUGCCGAUUUGAUGCCCGUGGCAAACCACUACACCAAGGCAUACCAUGGGCCGACGAGAAUGUUUUCAAUAAAAAAGCCCACUUUUAUUAUGACUCAAAUCCGCCAGCUUUAAGGAUUAAAAAUAUUCAGCCAAGUGAUGCCGGUCUGUAUAAAUGUCGGGUGGAUUUUCAUAAAUCACCGACGCGUAAUUGGAGGAUAAAUGUAACCGUAUUGGUCCCACCCACCCAUCUAACAAUAUUGGAUAAUGAAGGAGCCGCCAUCAGAGACCAAAAAGCCGGCCCUUAUUUGGAAGGUGAAAGCCUGAACAUAACAUGUUUAUCAAGCGGCGGUGUGCCACCACCACGUGUCUCCUGGUGGCGUGAACAUGCUUUGGUCGAUGAUUCAUAUGAAGUCCUGCCAGAUGGCACCGUGCGCAAUACAUUGCAGUUGAAAAAUAUUUCACGCAAAGAUUUAUUAACGGUUUACACUUGUCAAGCCAGUAAUGGCCAUGUGGUGGCGGCUCUUACCAAGAAAUUUGUACUCGACAUGAAUUGUAAGUAUCAUUUCAUAUUUUCUUUGUAA